AUGUACUACCAACACAAGGUGAGUUUCGAUAAAAUCUCUCAACGACACAAUAAAUCAAUAUUUAUAUAAUAAUAAUAAUAUAACUGCGCGAUGAAUGAAUGACCAAACAAUUUUACGCUUUUUCCAUUUUAUUUUAUUUUUUAUUCAAUUUAUUCAACAAAAAAAGUUGCUACUCUCAAAAAUGAUGAAAAAGAAAUAACCUAGAUUUUUCGGCGACCAUUGGGGCGCAUUUUCUCACUUAUUACAACUCAGAUUUUUCUAAAUAAAUAAGUUUCGCAAUUACAUCUGAUUAUAGGGUCGCCUUCACUGGAUGGAGGACUAUAAGUACCUCUUUAAGGUUGUACUUGUGGGAAAUGCGGGAGUUGGGAAGACGUGUUUGGUGCGAAAAUUCACCCAAGGCAUAUUUCCGCCGGGACAAAGUGCAACGAUUGGUGUUGAUUUUAUGAUUAAAACUGUGAAAGUAGGAAAUGAUAAAAUAAAAGUGAGUUGCGUUGGGAAAAAUUGGCACUCACCUCUAAUUUUCCAGCCACUUUCCAAGUCCAAAAUCUCGAAAAAUGACUAGAAAUUCAGGGAAAUUUUGGCGUAAACUUUUUCGCGUGACCCAUUUUUAUUUCAUUUCGUAAAAUGUUGAAUUUGGGAAAUGGCAGGAAAAACCCCCAGCGUCUUGUGAGCUAUGACGUGGAUCCCAAUUUUCCAGCUACAAAUCUGGGACACGGCAGGUCAGGAGCGUUUUCGCUCCAUCACUCAAAGCUACUAUCGAAGUGCUCAUGCAAUAGUUUUGGUCUAUGACGUGUCGUGUCAACCAUCAUUUGAUUGUCUGCCAGAAUGGUUGGGUGAAAUUGAGAGUUAUGCGAAUCGGAGGGUGCUCAAAAUUCUUGUUGGUAGGUAUUUUGAGGUGGAAAUUUUGAUGAAAAAUAUCGAAAUAUACCAAAUUGACCAUGCUGAUCAGGAAUCCGAAGUCAAAAAUUGCCACAAAUGCCUGUGAGCACUUUUCUGGAGCUGCAAAGUUAGAAUUGAGUUUUGGGUUUCACCUAUUUUCACCUUGUUCCUGGGUGGAAAAUCAAUUUUUAUAAGGUUGUUCACCAUAUUCGAAAACCUAUCAGCGUUUUCAAAAAAUAUGAAAAACCAGCUGAAAACUGUAAUUUUUAAGAAAUCCCUGAAAAUACACACAAAGUUUUCUGUGCAUUUUUUAAAUUUACAGUUUUCAGCUGCAAUUUGAUAUUUUUCAAAAAACUAAAAAGCUGAUAUGUUUUCGAAUAUGGUGAACAACCUUAUUCAUGUUAGAAAAAUUGAUUUUCCACCCAGGAACAUGGUGAAAAUGGGUGAAACCCAAAACUCAAUUCAAUUUUUGGAGCUCCAGAAAAGUGCUCACAGGCAUUUGUGGCAAUUUUUGACUUUGGAUUCGUGAUCAGCAUGGUCGAUUUGGUAUAUUUCGAUAUGUUUCAUCAAAAUUUCAACAAUGAGCCUGUAAUGUCCACGUGGCAAAAGUUCUGAAAACAAAAAUAGUAUUUUAUACCACAACUCAUGGUGGUUUCCAGCUCAAAAUCUCCAUUUUCAGGCAACAAAGUCGAUAAAGGUGAUGAACGUGAAGUUCCCGAAAGAAUUGGCAAAGAUUUUUCGGAUGUGAACAGUUUCGACUAUUUUUUGGAGACUUCUGCGUUGGACGCAACGAAUGUUGAUCAAUUAUUUGAACAAGUUGCGACUAGAUUGACUAAUGAUAUGAAAGCCACGGAUGAAAGGUGAGUUUUUAGGGUUUUUUGGGAGGUUUCCAGCUGAAAAUGAAAAUUUUAGUGUAAUUUUUUGAAUUUGAAGCUCUAGGAGCUCAAAUUUUCCUAGAAAAGAGCUCUGAAAUCUCAUAAAAAUAGAUAGUUCAAUAGAGCGCAUUUGUUUUUUUUUUCAAAAAGAUAAAGAAAUUGAAAUUUUAGCUCUAGAAGCCUGAAUUUUCAGUUUAAAAUUUGAGAUAUCAAUAAAAAAUCGAAUAUAAAAAUUUUCGGACACGUGGAUUGCCAGCUCAAAAUUCUGACAGAAAAUUUUCAAAAAAUCAAUAAUUUGGAAAUCUGCCACGUGGAUUUUCAGACUUCACCAAUAUCGCUCCGAUGCCAACACAUCUUCAGGCCAAAAUGGCCAGAUUCGACUACUGGACCGCGCUCAAAAUCAAAUCAAUUCAUGUUGUGGGUCUAGACAAUAG